AUCCGCAGGUGCAGGGAAGCCCCGCUGUGUAGGGAACGGGGCCUGGGCCCGUGACUCUCACAGAGCCAGGCCUGCUCUGGGAAGAGCACCUGCUGUCCCCCCAGGCUGCCCGAGCCCUCUGACGAUGGAUGAGAGGGAGGAGGAGGAGGAGGAGGAAGCCUGGCUGCAGCUUCGGCCUGUGGAGCCCUUGCCCUCCCAGUGCUGCGGCAGUGGCUGUUCACCCUGUGUGUUCGACCUCUAUGACCGAGACCUGGCGAGGUGGGAGGCAGCCCGAGCCAGCAAGGACAGAAGCCUGCUGAGAGGGAAGGAAUCACCGAACUUCCCCUCCAGACUGAGCCCAGAGACGUUCCUGGCCUUCCGCAUCAGUGCCAUGGACAGACUCACUCAGGACACCUACCGUGUGCGGUUUGCACUGCCUGGGAGCAGCCAGCUCGGCCUGCGGCCUGGCCAGCACCUCAUCCUACGAGGGAUAGUAGAUGGCUUAGAAAUCCAGAGAGCCUACACACCCAUCAGCCCUGCCAAUGCAGAAGGCUACUUUGAAGUUUUAAUCAAGUGCUACCAGACGGGGCUCAUGUCCCGGUAUGUUGAGUCCUUGAGAGCAGGAGACACGGCUUUCUGGCGAGGACCUUUCGGGAACUUCUUCUAUAAACCAAACCAGUAUGGUGAGCUGCUCAUGCUGGCUUCGGGCACCGGCCUGGCCCCCAUGGUGCCCCUCCUGCACAGCAUCACGGACAACGCGGAGGACGAGACCUUUGUCACCCUGGUCGGCUGCUUCAAGACCUUUGAGGGCAUCUACUUGAAAACCUUCCUGCAAGAGCAGGCCCGCUUCUGGAACGUCCGCACCUUCUUUGUUCUCAGCCAGGAGAACUCCCCGGAGCAGCUUCCCUGGAGUUACCGGGAGAAGACCCGCUUUGGCCGCCUGGGCCAGGACCUGAUCGAAGAGCUGGUUGGCUCCUGCCGGAGAAAGCCGUUUGCGUUGGUCUGUGGCUCGGCUGAGUUUACCAAGGACAUGGCCAGGUGCCUGCUGCGUGCGGGCCUGGCCGAGGACUCCUACUUCCUCUUCUAGGCCUGGCCCCCCUUAAAGCCCAGGCCAGGGGCCUGCCAGUGAGACCCAGGGAGGAACACAGGCCGGAAUCAGAAAACGCGACAGAAGACCACAGCUGACUCGCCACGUGAUCUCCGCGGCUCUCUGUACCUCCGUGCACCUGUAUCUCAUCUGCUGCCUCCCUCAGCAGGCAUCCUGCAGUGUGGAGGGGGUGGCAGGAUCCUGGGGAGGAGUAGCCAGCUGGGAGUCAGGAAGGACUUCCUGGAGGAGUCCUGGUCCAGGCUGAGCGGCAGGAGGAGGAGGGGUUGGUGGGAGGAGGGGCCAGAAGCGCUCCCCUGGUUCCUCAGGUUAGAGGGCUUGUGUGGGCUCCCAUUAGACCAUGCCCUGUGCUUCCCCUGGGGACGGAAUCCCUGGGAGGCCUCAGGGCUGGCUCAGUGACUGUCCAUUACUGUGCAGGGAAUGACCACAACGGCGGCUGAGAGCUCUUUGGAGGAGGAACUUGCCUUCUGUGCCUCCAGGGCCAGGGGCCUGACACAAGGACGGUCUUGGGGUCUGUGACCUGACCCCAUUCCCGGAGCAGUGAGGUGGGGCUUUGGGUUACCUUUGUUUUGUAUUGGCCCUGGGCCUUCCCUGCCGCGAAGGGCUUCGCUCAGUCUCCCUUCCCUAGAGCCCAGCCCAGAGUCCUUUUUCCAGCCAAAGAGCCACAGACACAAAUGCCCCUCCUCCUGCAGGCAGCCAGCUCAGCCCUCCCUUCAGCUCUGGUGCCCUGGCGACGGUUGCUAUGGAGAUCUAAAGAUAGAGCAGGAGUCAGGAGACCUGGGUCCUUCUCCCUGCUCUGCCCACUGAGUGGAUGCUGACUCUGAUCCACCCACCCCUCCCGUCCACCCCCGCCCCCUCCAUCCUGCGUGGGGCGUGCCCUCCCCGGGGAAGCGGGCGCCCCUGGGCAGCGCACUGCAGCUAAUGAAUUCUGCCUUUCGCAGCCAGGCUCCAGUGCCUGCACCAGCUCAAGCUGGCUACAGGCAGUCCCAGAAUCAGAAUGUGAAGUCACUGAGCCUCAGGAUGAGAGAACCAGAGAAUCAUCUAGUUAGAAUUUUACCGUCAGACAACCCCAGUCCUCCUCAUGUCAGAGGUUAAAGUUCAGGACUCCCGAGAGCACCUAGUCUGCCAGGCUCGUUGCGUCAGUGGGGAAACUGAGGGCCGAUGAGGCUGAGUGACCAGACCAAGGAAAACCGUUCACGGCGGGGCCAGCACCGGAAGCCAGGUCUCCGAGUGGCAGCCUGUGCUCAGUGGUUUUCAAACUGGGCUCCGCAGGACACGAGGGUUCCUGCUGCGGCAGCAGUGACGGGAUGGCCAGACGGGGUCUCAGGCCCCCCUUCAGUCAGAGCAGCCUUAUUUUUAUUCUGUUUAUGUUUGGGAGCUGGGAUUAAUUUUCACUUGAGAAAAAAAGUGCUUCCUUGCACCGCCCCAAAAGUUGCAACAAAUCUGUGUUCGGUGCCACGUUCAGUAACUAAUCAUGACAAGCAGUUGGGGGUGUUGCCAAGGGUUUCAAAGGCUACAAUUCUGUGGUCAGAUAUGUGGGGGAUACUGACUGUGACCUUCACGGAGAAUCACGUGUACACGAGGGCAGGAAAGGCUCUGAAAGUCCAGUGGUAAAGAAACUUCUUCACUGUGGGCCGUUGUCCACUGGAGUCUGUGAGCUGGCGCUCCCUGGGAUGUGCCUGGGAAAGCGGGGCUGUCCAGCACCUCCUUUUAGCGCCGUGCCGUGUGGGGAGGCUGCGCUGCGUCAGGCCCAGCAGGAACUGUGCUCUCCUUUGGCCUCGCCUGUGACGUGGACAAGACACGUUUCCUCUCUCGGGGCCUCGGAAAUCUGGGCGUCUUCCCCUCGCUCUCCUCUCCCUCAGCUCAUCUCGCUGGCUCUCCUCACAGGGACUCCUGGGGGUCCUGUUAUGGGCCAGGCUCCGUUGUAGGCACCGAGGAAGCGACAGGGAAAGGCAGGUGAGUUCUAGGAAGCUCCUCCCCGGAGCUGACAGCCCGAAAGGAGAGCAGGCGUGAACCUGUAAUGCCAGGGCCGCGUGUUCUGGGCAGGGACGUGGGGAGUGCUGGUAGAGUGGACGGCGAGGGAGAGGGGCCUCCCUGCACUGAGUGGAGAGGCCCCAAAGGUAAUCCCCUCACCCAUAAGGCUGGUUGGGGUCCCUGCUUGAGGGGUGGGGAGUCUGGGGCAGUUCUUGUGUCUGUUUUGUCCCCUUUAGAUCCUUGACGUGUAGAUAUCACAAGGCCAUUACAGCCCCUCGUCCCAACAGCCCCUCUCGUCCUGUAAUGUCACCCUCCCCUCCCCCUUGCUCCAUGCGGACCUGUGCCGCCUGGAUACAGUGGGGUCUCUCCCCAGGGGCCAUGGUAAGGCCCCAGCCGUGCCUUGGUGCCGAGAUGCCAACAGCAGAUGUCGUCCGGAAACGAGAGCUCGUGGCCUUGCUGUGCCUCGCAGGACGCUACGUGAGCCCAGGAAGAGGACUGGCUGGGAGAUGUGGGAAUGCACCUCUGAAUCAGGGGCGAGGCUCCCAUCAGCGGCCCACUGCCGCCGCCUCUCCUGAUAAU